AUGUUAGUUAAAUUUUUAUUAUUACUAAUAUUAUUUUUACUUCAAAAAAAUUUUUUAACAAAAUCAUAUAACUAUAAUGAUCAUAUUAAUGGAGAAUAUAGAAGAAAACAUUCAUUGGAUAUAGAAUAUUAUAGUCAAAAUAAUGUUAAUAAAAAUUUUGAUAAUAAUAAAUUUCCAUAUAAUAAUGAUAAUAUUAAUUAUAAAGUUGUACCAACAAUUCCUGAUAAAUUGUUACAAGGAUGUACACCUGAUAUUUUACAUGCAUCUAAUUAUAGACAAUUUCAAAUAGCUUGUAGAAGUCAUCCAUUUAUUGCUGUCUCUGCAUAUGAAGGAAUUCAGGAGGCAAUGAAUUUAUGUAGAGAAGAAAUGAGAUUUCAAAAUUGGGAUUGUAGUAUUAGUGGUACUGUUAUUCAUGAACCUAGUAUAUUAAGAUACGGUUAUAAAGAAUCAGCAUAUUUAUGGGCUUUAUCAGCAGCUGGAGCAUCGUGGGGUGUGGCAUCUGCCUGUGCUCAGGGAUGGUUAGAUGAAUGUAAAUGUAUUGAUGAUUAUGAAGAACCAAAUGGGCAACAAAAUUUUGAAUGGGGUGGUUGUACAUAUGGAGUACAAUUUGGUAUACAAACAAGUAGAAAAAUAUUAACAAGAACAGGAAAUAAUAAUUUAAGAAGUCCAUUAAAACGCCUAGAAAAACAUAAUUUAAAAGCAGGAAGAUUAGCUGUUAAAAAAACUUUAAUUUCAAGUUGUAAAUGUCAUGGAGUUAGUGGUAGUUGUCAACAGAAGACAUGUUGGAAGAAGACGGCUGAUUUAAGAGAAAUUGUAAAAUAUUUAACAGAAAAAUAUCAUAAAGCAAAAAGAGUUUUGAGUGAUGAUGUUAAACCUAAAAGUAAUGAUUUGAUAUAUAUUGAACCAAGUCCUGAUAUUUGUUCAUCUCUACAUAAUCAUCUUCAACAACGACGUUCAUUACCUCGUGUUUGUAAUUGGAGAAAUGAGACACAUUCUGAAGGAGACUGUGGUCGUUUAUGUUGUGGAAAAGGUUUUCGUGUUGAUCAUGAAGUUGUUACCUAUAAAUGUGACUGUAAAUUUAAAUGGUGUUGUAAUUUAGAAUGUAAUGAUUGUAUUUCACAUCGAUGGGUUUCAACAUGCAAUAAUUAA